AUGGCGCAUGCACGGUUUACCAAACGCCUACGAUGCUCUCUGGAUGACGCAUAUAGGAUCAUACCAAGCAAGGAUAAGAGCUUGCGGCCCUCGUUGAUUACAGCGCGUAACUGGGGACACGUGCAAAUUGGAGGCAUCAGUUGCCAAAUACUGCAAGCAUUUAGCGACGCUUACCAUGUUUUGGCGUACAACAUCCCGGGCGAAGUGAGCCUUCCGUAUUUGGCCAUCGCACAGAAUUCUCGAGGAGUAAGCCCGGACGGCAAGCGCGCCAAUAAGUAUGAGAUUACGCUCGCAGAUUCGGAGGCCAACGCGCUUAACUGACUAGUAGAAGGGGAACAACAAGAUGUCCAGUGGCCGUAUGAAGGCGGCAUCUACGUUACAAUCACGGAGGUUGGCGAGUCUACAAUCAAUGUCGUCUACGACCUGUGGGCUGGGUGUUUGAGCGAAGUGCACAACCGGGAGCUCUUCAUCGACUGGAUCAAGUUUGCAGUUCAG